CAUCACAAUCGAUUUGCAAUCGAAAUCACAAUCGCCAUCGCCGUAGAUGAUGAGCCCAUUCGGUUCGAAGAAAAACCGUUCAUUGCCGGUGCGCGUGAGCACCUUUGAUUCGGAACUGGAGUUCGAAUUGGAGACGCGUUCCACCGGCCAAGAAUUAUUCGAUCUCGUUUGUCGUACGAUUGGCUUGCGUGAAUCAUGGUAUUUCGGACUUCAGUACGUCGACACACGCAACAAUGUCUCCUGGCUCAAAAUGGACAAAAAGGUCAAAGAUCAGCGCGUUGAGCUGCAUACAAACAAUAGCAUUUACGUCUUCAGUUUCUAUGCGAAAUUCUUUCCGGAGAACGUCAGCGAAGAGCUGAUUCAGGAGAUAACGCAGCAUUUGUUCUUCUUGCAAGUGAAACAGAGUAUUCUAUCGAUGGAUAUAUAUUGCCGGCCAGAGGCAUCUGUUCUGCUUGCCUCGUAUGCGGUCCACGUCCAAUAUGGACCCUACGACUAUGAGACCUACAAGGAUGGCAUGCUGGCCGGUGGUGAAUUGCUGCCCAAGGGCGUUACCGAUCAAUAUCAAAUGACGCCUGAGAUGUGGGAGGAGCGCAUCAAGACCUGGUACAUGGAUCAUGAGCCUAUGACACGAGAUGAAGUGGAAAUGGAAUAUCUAAAAAUUGCACAAGAUCUGGACAUGUAUGGUGUUAACUACUUUCCUAUUACGAAUAAGAACAAAACCAAAUUGUGGCUAGGCGUUACGGCCGUGGGUCUGAACAUCUAUGAUGAGCGUGACAAGCUAACCCCAAAGACAACGUUCCAAUGGAACGAGAUUCGACACGUUAGUUUCGAUGACAAGAAAUUCACGAUACGUUUAGUGGAUGCCAAAGUGCCGAACUUUAUAUUUUACUCGCAGGACUUACAUAUUAACAAAAUGAUACUUGACUUGUGCAAGGGCAAUCACGAUCUCUAUAUGAGACGCCGCAAGCCGGACACCAUGGAGAUUCAGCAGAUGAAAGCGCAGGCAAAGGAGGAGAAACAGCGACGCCAAAUCGAUCGAAAGAAGUUCAUACGGGAGAAGCAGCUGCGCGAGAAGGCGGAACACGAACGCUACGAAAUGGAGAAGAGGCUCGAACAUCUGCAGGACGAGAUGCGCAUGGCCAGCGAUGCGCUGCGUCGCUCCGAGGAGACGAAGGAGCUGUACUUCGAGAAGAGUCGCGUGAACGAGGAGCAAAUGCAGCUAACCGAAUGCAAAGCGAAUCACUUUAAGACAGAAAUGGAUCGUUUACGUGAGCGUCAAAUGAAAGUGGAGCGGGAGAAGCACGAUUUGGAGAAGAAGAUUAGGGAUGCCGAUUUCUAUAUGCUCCAGCUGACGGUGGAGAAUGACAAGCGCGAAGCCGAAACAGAAAAGCUCAAAAAGGAGCUGAUCUGUGCUAAGAUGGCCGAGAGAGAAGCAACCGCACGUCUGCUCAACUUCCUCAACAGUGGCCGCAAAUCGUCAACGGACAGUCUGCUAACGGCAUCAACCGUCUCCCAGGCCAAUGUCAAUAAUCCGUCAAGCAUUGCUGCGAUUAGUACACCUUCACUGACAACGAGCAGCUCCACAAAUGAUCUGGAAACAGCCGGAGGAGCGGAGCUGACGAACUCGGAUUCGCAUUACAUUGUGAUGGGCGAUAAUUCUAGCGGCAUUUCCGACGACUUUGAACCCAAAAAAUUUAUUUUAACUGAUAACGAAAUGGAGCAGAUCGCCAAUGAGAUGGAGCGCAGCCAUUUGGAAUACCUGCGCAAAUCGAAGAAACAGGUGCAAAAUCAAUUGCAAACCCUGCGCAGCGAGAUCGCCCCACAUAAAAUCGAACAGAAUCAAAGUAAUCUGGAUAUACUCAGCGAGGCGCAGAUAAAGGCAGGCGAAAAUAAAUAUUCAACACUUAAGAAACUCAAAUCCGGCUCGACCAAGGCGCGUGUCGCAUUUUUCGAGGAGCUCUAAUUGAACCCGAAGAUACACUGUAAAAAGAAAGGAACAGAAACUACCUAAUCAAGACUCGUACAGCCUCAAGUUUUAAGCAUUGUUCUAGUUUUUU